UAAUGAUUAUUCGUUCCUACCAAUCGUUAAGGAUGCCCUGACGCCGUCUCUUAUCUUUUUUAUUUUUUAAAGUAAUAAACAUGGUGGGAAUUUCAAGGAAUUUUCAUUUAACGUUUGUACUAUUAUUUAUUAUACUCAGUGCUGUUGUGUUCAAGUUUUCGUCGGUAAAAGCAGAAGACAAUCAGGAAUCACCGGAGCUCAUUUUUCCAGAUGGAGUGUCGGACUCAGAGAACAGUCCCAAGUUUGUGGAGUCGGAUGACCUGAAGUCUGUCCUGAAGAGGCAGUUCAAGACGGCUGAGAUUGCGGAUGCUGUGCUGGGCACUGAUACACCGAUUGAUCCAUCUGAUAUUGAAUCGUUAUAUCCCAAGAAUGUAAAAGACUUCCAGACUGCCUUCUCCCCUCCCUGUGAUGAGGGGAGGGAUCAGUGCGGUUCCCCGGACCUGACGACUGGUUCACUGUCUCUGGAGGAGGAAGAGGAGCCAUUGUCGCAGCAGGUCACUCUUGAAAUGGUUCAUUCAGAUAUUACACCAGUCGAGGAGCACAACACCACAGAGGCUGCCAAGACGUACAAAGUGAACUGUGAUAAGAGGAACAUGACAGGACUGCAGACUUUCACAGUGCAGGUCCUCAACGCAUCACAGGACCUGAUGGAGUUCCUUAAUGCUAACAGCACAGAGUGCUCUGUGGUGCUGUUCUACACAGCCUGGUGCCAGUUCUCUGCCAACUUGGCUCCUCAUUUCAAUGCUCUUCCUCGAGCUUUUCCCGGUAUUCAUUUCCUGGCUUUAGAUGCAUCACAGCACAGCAGCCUCUCCACAAGAUUUGGAACAGUGGCGGUUCCCAACAUCUUGCUAUUUCAGGGCGCCAAACCCAUGGCUCGCUUCAACCACACCGACAGAACUCUGGAGACGCUGACGUCGUUCAUCACCAACCAGACAGGGUUUGAAGCAAAUCCUGACAGAAAUGUGACCGAAGAGGACCUGGAAGGCCCACUACUCAGCGUCCCCAUGAGGAGCAUCGACUGGCUGCUGGUCUUCUCCAUCCUCUUCAUCACUGGAUUCUCUGUGUAUGCCAUACUGCGAGCGGACAGCAUCCGGUGGCUUAUACCGGGACAAGAGCAUGAGCACCAGGAGUGAAGACAGGAACCUCUAAGGAUGAAAACACAGUUUUAUUGAGAUUUGUAAUUUAAUUGAAAUUAAAACAUUUGUUUCAAAGUAAAAA